AUGGACGGCGUCGACUUGAACCGCAAUUGGGGCCACAAUUUCAGCGGCGGAGCUGAUCCGCGGCGAAGCCCGUGCGUUGGUACGUUUUAUGGCGCCGCCCCGUUUUCGGAGCCCGAGUCGAGGGCCCUGCGGGACCUCAUCCAGGCAAACCCGGGCAUCGAUACGCAUAUCGACUUUCACUCGUUCGGCCAGUUGGUCCUGAGGCCGUGGAGCUUCACGGAAAACAAAACCAAUGUACCGCCGCGUGAAGCCAGCAAUUGCGGCGUCGGAAAUGCCAUGGGCGACGCCAUGACGAGCAGACACGGCUUGCCGUACAAUGUCACCCAUGGCACCUUCCUUUAUACCGUCGGAGGCACGAUGACCGACUGGGUCGCAAGUCAAAACAUUCUCAGUUAUACCAUAGAGCUGCGCCCAAGCAUGCACGGCGUGGACAAGCCAGCGUUUUUACUACCGGAAGAUGAGAUUCUCCCGACGUGCCAGGAGGGAUUCGAGGCCGUGAAAACCCUGCUCCGUUUCGCAAGCGACCCCGAUUCGUUUGACAACAAAUGCGUUCGGGCGACCCCGCCCACAGAUCCUGGCUCUAGCCCCAACGAGUUGGAACCCGGCGGCUCAGCGGUAGACUGGGGGUUUGUCUUCGGACUGGCCGGUGGCGGCGGACUCUUUGUCGUGCUUCUGGUCAUGAUAGUCAUCGUGAGCCGCAGAUCACGCCACACGUCUCCCCCGCCGGAACACCUGAGAAGCGGCAACGGCUGA